GUACAAUUCUCCUUUUCAAUCUUUCAACCAGCUUUAUUGGAAGCAGCUCAUUUAUUUAGGAUAUAGCAUACGCAAUUGGUCUUGAAGUACGUUCCACAGGGACACCAGCACCACUCUGAAUAAAGGUCACCUCACGAUGGCGAUGGGAGUGGGAACGAGGGUGGUUCGAGGUCCUGACUGGAAAUGGUCGGACCAGGAUGAUGGCGAAGGACACCUCGGCACCGUGGUUACCAUAGGAAAGGGGGUCUCGAACCCAGCACAUCAGAAGAUCGUGGUGGUCUGCUGGGACAUGGGCAAGUCUGCUGACUACCGGGCUGGCUUUGAUGAGAACUACGAUCUGCUCAUCUAUGACAAUGCUGCCGCAGGUGUGAAGCAUAAUGGUGUAACGUGUGAUGAAUGCAAGGAGAAUGAUAUUGCCGGAAUGAGAUGGAAGUGCAGUUCUUGCUAUGACUAUGACCUUUGUAACAAGUGCUACAUGACAUCCAAGCACGACCUGAAGCACUCUUUUCUCCGAAUCAUCAUCCCCAAGUCUGCAGGAAAGCUGAUGUCACCUAGAGCAGCUUGUCGGAAGACUGAAGCGAAGGGAUCGUUUCCUGGAGCAAAGGUUUGCAGAGGAAGAGACUGGCAAUGGCAGCAGCAGGACGGUGGGUCAGGUCAUAAUGGCGUGGUAAUUCGAGAGGCCAAUUGGGCCAACAUCCAGCGCAGUGCCAUAGCAGUUCGUUGGGAAGCUGGGGGCGCCUAUGAAUACCGCGUGGGGCAUGAUGGGAAAGUCGACAUCAAGUGCCUUAAGGCAACAUCCGGGUACGCUUACUACAAGGACCAUCUGCCAAAAUUUGGUGAAUUUAACGCAUUAGAAAUUGGUGACCGAGUGGUUGUGAAGUUGGAUAAGGAUGUUCUUAAGCCGCUGCAAGAAAACCAUGGAGGCUGGGUGUCGGGAAUGGAAAAGUUCAUAGGAAAAGUAGGCCGGUUGGCGAGUCUCACGGCAAACAGUGACGUCAGGAUCAAGUACCCGAAUGGACAGACGUUGAUCUUUAACGCUGUUGCAGUCACUAAGCUGCCAUCGUUCAACACCGGAGACAAAGUGCGCGUAAUGUCUGACCAGGCUGCCGUGAAGGAGCUGCAGAAAGAACAUGGAGGAUGGAACAGUAAGAUGUCAAAGGCUCUUGGUGAGGAAGGGCGUGUUCUUAACAUCGAUGCAGAUGGUGAUGUCAAGGUCAAUGUGGGUGGAGCAUUCUGGACCUUUAACCCGGAAGCACUAAGCAUGGUAGAACAGGGGACAGGGGCAGAGGGGAUCUUUGAGCAAGACAUCAGAGCAGGUGUUAUGGCGCAUUUGCUGAAGCAGCUGCUCGAUCCGCUUGGGCUCGUUGACUCAGAUGAAAUUCGACAGAUGAUGACUGCCGCAGCAACCGAGGCAGCAACUAAGGAUGGAGAAGUAACUGCUCAGAGUGCCAAGGAGUUCAUCAAGGCCGUUAUGGAGGGUGAUGUGAAACGGGUUGCUGAAGCCCUCAAGAAAAACAAAGGAUUUGUAAAUGUGGUUGUCCAGGAUAACACACCUCUUCAUCUAGCUGCUUAUCAAGACCACUUUCAGGUAGUUGAGUUACUAAUCAAGAAUGGAGCCAAACUCGAUGUCAAAGAUGACGACGGUGACACUGCCCUAGCAAAUGCUGUCCAUCAAGAUAAUGCACGAAUUGUGAAGUACCUGUUAGACCACGGAGCUGACCCCAACACUACGAAUGUCAAGGGAGGAAGAAGUCCUCUUCAUAUCGGGGCGUCGAAGAACCAUACUCAGUGUGUGAGACUGAUCCUUGGAAAAGGUGGAAAUCCAAAUGUAAAAGACAAUGUUGGAGACACCCCUUUGCAUGACGCCAUCCGAAAAACUCAGAAAGAGAUUACUGAGCUCCUGAUAAAUGCAAGAAACAUCGACUUGGAGUUGAAUAAUAAAAGAGGAUUCAAUCCGCUACAUCACGCUGCCUUGUCAGACAAUCCACAUGCUACUCGUCUUUUGAUCAAGAAACAACGAUCUCUGGUUGACAUCCGGAAGGAUGACGGCUACGCGGCUCUUCACCUCGCAGUUCAUAAUGGCAAUCAGAAUAUUGCAGAAAUACUUAUCACAGAGGGGCAUUGUGCUAUUGAUCUUUACAACGAGCAGCAUCAAACGCCGCUGUUGCUUGCAAUCGCCAAAGGUCGUACUGCCAUCAUCGAAGACCUGAUCAAGCACGGUGCUGAUAUCAACUCAUCGGAUGGUGAUGGGGACAGUUGCCUUCAUAUCGCAGUGAUGAAGUACCGACAGGGGCAGGAUAUUCCUGAUACUGAUAAUCUGAGAACGUUCCGAAAGAAGUAUCGUGACAAUGGAAUUACCAAGCCUCUUACUGCUCUAAUGUGUUAUCUUGUACAAGAGGGUGCAAGCAUCAGUCAGACUAAUCUCAAGAAACACACACCACUCAACUAUCUGAAAGAGGCUGCGAUUCAUAAAGUUCUGGAGCACAUCGCUCGCAAGCUGGAAAGAGAGGAGCUUGGUGACAGCAGCUUAGUUCACGUAGAAGCUAAUGACGGUGGUCGAGAGAGGAAGCCAUCUACUUCUAGUGGCGGGAGUAGUGUAGACCAACGGGAUAACAAUGAUCCUUCGGCAUCACCAAGAAGUUCACUUUCAGAUGAUUCUUUCUGUGGAGUCCACAUCAUAAAGGAUCCUAAGAACGAGGUGAAGUUGAAAGAAAUUAUUGGGAAAGGUGGCUUUGGUGAGGUUUGGAAGGGCCAAUGGAGAGGUACACCUGUUGCCGUCAAGCUCCUUAACAGGGAGGGUAGUCAAGAUUCUGAAGUUGAGCAGGAGGUUGCAAUCCAUAAGCGUGCCCUCCAUCCAAACAUUGUUCAGCUGAUGGCGGUUGGCCAUCAACGUACACCAGGAUGUGCUAUGAUCGUCAUGCAGCUAAUCGACGGGAGUAAUCUCGGUACAGUCAUCUUUCAGGAUGGCAAUCCUUAUGAAUUCACGCUGAAGGUACGCUUAUCUAGGGAUCUUCUGUCAGCUGUCACCUUUCUCCACCACUGUAAGAUACUCCAUCUCGACAUCAAACCACAGAAUGUUAUUAUUGAAUCAAAGACGAAGAAGCCAUAUUUGUGUGACCUUGGUCUUGCGCACAUCAAGACGAGGUCAACCAUGUCACGUGCCACCCUCGUUACUGCCAGGGGUACAUUCACGUACAUGCCUCCUGAAUGCGGCACAUCUGAGGAUGGUAACAUGUCCGCCACAUCAGCAUCCGAUGUCUGGUCGUUAGCCUGUACAUUACUCGAGUUCUUCUCGGGACAAUCCGUCUGGCCCAAGACUAUCAAUCCAAUGGCUCUACUCUGUAGGUUCAUGGGCGAUGAUGUCAUGCCAGCUAAUGUGGAGAAACUCCAACCAAACAUCAAGAAGAUUCUGAAGCCAUGCUUUCAUAAAGUCCCAUCCAAACGUCCGUCAGCGGAAUCGAUGAUGCAGCAGUUCAGUGGGCUGAUCUAAAAGAACUUUUACCCUUAAGGCUCAUUCAGAUAUGGCGCUGUAAACCACCGCAAAAGCAUAUAAUAGUUUUUUCUUGUAAAUGAAUGGCAACAGCGCAAAACAAUUUUCUUACUUUAUUUACUGAGCUCUGUGUUAUAAGAUACCGAAAUGUGAAGCAUAUUAUUGCGCUCUAUGUCUCCAUGAAGAUAAAACAAGCGGUUUUUUGCGGUGUCAUAUCUGAGCGAGGCUGUAUUAGAGCUUGGUUAUUAUUUUGUCUGUAUAAUACUAUAUGCAGAAUGCAUACUUGAUCACUGAAGUGUGAUCAUUAUUGUUAAUGAUACUCCACAAAUGAGUAGUUUGGCAUCAUCUUUGAUUCAUUUCGUAGUUAAAUUGCAUCUCAUGACACAAGUUGUUACGUUUUAGAUAUAUAUAUUUUUUUACUGUAACAAGAAUUAUAUCAGACACACACUUGAAAGUACUCCAUUCUACCAGAGUUGAUACUAGUCGAUGAAGGACUACAUACCCAAAUCUUCUGAGGAUACUGUUUUCGUCGUAAGUGGAUUUAUUAAUCAAGUACCCCCAGUUAAUAUCAGGCCAAGGUGCAACUAGUAUUUUUUACAACUUUUAAUCACGGUCUGUGAAAUAAAUGGGAAAAAAUGCAAUUUAAUGCAAUUUAAUAAAGGUGACAGGCAGUCGGGCAUGUGCCCCGAGUUGUACUAAUGAUACUCCACAAAUGAGUAGUUUGGCAUCAUGUUUGAUUCCUUUUUUUUUUACUUAAAUUGCAUCUCAUGACACUAUAGAAUUUUGACACGAGCUGUUAAAUGUCAGAUAUAUAUUUUUAUCAUAAAAAAAGAAUUAUAUCAGACACGCACUUGAUAGUAGUCCCUUCUUUCAGAGUUGUGAGCAUUGACCAUUAGAACUUCAUUUGAGUCUACCGGGUAGUCAACAAAGUUGUAUCUAACCAAUCAAGUCUUCUGUGGAGAAUGUUUCUGCAUACGUGAAAAAUUAAUUAAGUACCACCAGUAAAGAUCGCUCCAGUGUGUUACUAGUAUUUCACGCUUUUCACCACGGGUUUUGAAAUAGAUACGAAAUAAAAUUAAACAAAGGUAACGGACAGAUGAGCGGGUGCCUCCUAUUUCACAAUUCGUAAUGGACGAUGUGCCGUGAGAUUACUAUUAUUGACAGAGUGGUGCGAUAGCUUUGCCUUCAGCAGUCGAAGUUUCUUCAUGUUAUAUACUCUAGAAUAUUAAGUAUUUUGAUACUCAGUGAACUUUUGAGACGAAUUCAGUGCGUUUCAUUCCUUCCUUUACAUGACCAAAAUUUGUGUAUAAAAUAUCGCCACCUUUCAAAGAUUUAAUGCAAAGCAUUAUCUGUCAGUCAUCAUAAUGAGCAGCAUUAUCCAUUUUUUCUAUUAAUAGAUCUAAGUUAUUGAAUUGUAUUGGCGUUAGGAUUGUAUGAUAUCGUGUCUGAAAGUCUGAGCUCUUGUGAUCAGUCCGAUUUUAAUCUAAAUUUUCAGUUCACCCCUUUGUUUAUAACAUGGCGUUUCCAUUUUAAUAUUGAUAUUAUAAAGUGCUUUUUAUAUUACUCGGAGCCUGCUAUCAACCUUUUCUUGUACUGGUAAUAAUCUUCGGAUGGAAUGUCGCUCCUAUGUCGGUUAAAAUUACCUAUGCUUGAUGUAAAACUUACUUUACCCUAUUAUAAAAUAGUAUAAUCCAUUCAGAUGAAAAAUGAAUUAUAUCAUAAUGAUGUUAUAUAUGUAAUCAAACUACAUGGUUUACUUCCUCGAUUCGGUUUCAUCUUAUAUUAAUUCAAAUUGUGUCAUAAAAUUACAUACUGCAAAUAAUUGUGUAUAUACUUUUCCAUUUGCUAAGAGGCUGUAAGAUAUGUUCUAUAAAUACAGUUUGUUAUAUAAAUUUUAUGACAAUAUCUCUGUAGCGUAUAACUAACCAAUCAGACUGACAGCACAUCGAUAAAGAGCUACAAUUUCAAGCUUGUAGUGAUACCGUUAACAAAAGGCGGUUCAACCUGAAAUUUAAUCAGAAUUAAACAAUUAUCAUAAAUAAUAUGUCAAUUUUAAACUGUGUUUACAAACAAUCUUGCAUCAAAUUAGUUGUAUGAUUAUUGAAUUUUCACUAAAAUUAUAUAGUACACUUGUCCCAAAAGGAAAUAUCAAUGCCCCUAAAGAUUAUACUCUAUUUCCUUAGCAUCAUAAUAAAUGCAUAAUAAAUUUACGAUACCC